GUGAGGACACUCCUCUGCCAAAUCCUUCCAUCCCGCACUUUUUUCUCCUCCUUUUUCUCCUGGACUUUAAACUCUUGACCGUUUUCAUCAGGUCAGGUGUGUGUGUGUGAGUGUGUGUGAGUGUGUGUGUGUGUGUGUGUGUACGGGGGGGGGAAUCCUCCUGUUUCCACGGCAAUGAGUUUGACGGGCUGCCGGUGGAUCUAGGCCACAUUACAGAUUAUCAACAGACAGAGGAAAAACUCCUCCAUGGCUAAAGUCGCUCCAUCAGCUCCUCCCACUACCUCUGGGUCGGCCCCACCCACAAUCGCUCUAGAGGACAUGGAGGAGGAGGCAGGGGGCGCCAUGGCAGGAGUAAGUUUUUCUCGCGGAGCAGGAGCUGGAGUUCUGUUCAAUGUCAACAACAGCAACAACAACGAAGACGAGGAGGAGAAGAAGAAAAAGAAGAAAGAAAAGAAAGAGAGGAAAGAGAAGAAGGAGAAGGAGAAGCAGGAGAAGAAGGAGAGGAAGGAGAAGAAAAAGAAGGAGAAGGAGGAGAAAGAAAAAGAGAAGGAAAAGGAAAAGGAAAAAGAGAAGGAGAAGGAGAAAGAAAAGAAAGCCAAAGAGGAGGCUCCCAAAGAGAUCACAGUGAUUGAUCCAGCAGGAAACACCUACUACCACUGGUUGUUCAUCAUCACCAUCCCCGUCAUGUACAACUGGACCCUGAUCAUAGCAAGGGCGAGUUUUGAAGAACUACAGUCUGACUACGUGGUCUACUGGUUCAUUGUGGACUUAUUUGCUGACCUCGUCUACCUCGCUGAUAUGGUCUUCAGAACCCGGACAGGUUACCUGGAGCAGGGUCUGCUGGUGAAGGACGAGCUGAAGCUACGCGAGCGCUACAUGAAAAGCUUCCAGUUCAAACUGGACCUGGUGUCCAUGAUUCCCACUGAUGUGCUGUAUGUGGUCGUAGGAAUCAAAUACCCCGAGAUCCGCCUGAAUAAACUCUUCAGGUUCAACAGGAUGCUGGAGUUCUUCCAGAGGACAGAGACCAGAACGAACUACCCCAAUGCUCUUCGGAUCUCCAACCUUGUCAUGUACAUUGUCAUCAUCAUCCACUGGAACGCCUGCCUAUAUUACUCUUUCUCCAAGGCUAUUGGUUUUGGCUCAGACAGGUUUGUGUAUCCAGACCCGUCAAAUCCAGAGUUUGGACGUAUAGCGAGAAAAUACGCCUACAGCAUGUACUGGUCCACACUGACACUCACCACCAUUGGUGAAACACCGCCCCCAGUGCAGGACUCUGAGUACUUUUUUGUUGUGACUGACUUUCUGGUGGGUGUGUUGAUCUUUGCCACUAUUGUCGGUAAUGUCGGCUCGAUGAUCACCAACAUGAACGCUGCCAGAGCAAAUUUCCAGGCUCGUAUUGAUGCAAUUAAACAGUACAUGAGCUUCCGAAAGGUAACAAAGGACCUGGAGAAGCGAGUGAUCAAGUGGUUUGACUUCCUGUGGACCAAUAAAAAGGCGGUGGACGAAAGGGAGGUACUUAAAUACCUGCCUGACAAACUGCGAGCCGAGAUCGCCAUCAACGUUCACCUAGACACGCUGAAGAAGGUUCGUAUCUUUGCGGACUGUGAGGCCGGCCUGUUGGUGGAGCUGGUGUUGAAGCUGCAGCCUCAGGUCUACAGUCCUGGAGAUUACAUCUGUAAGAAGGGAGACAUUGGCAGAGAGAUGUACAUCAUCAAGGAGGGAAAACUGGCUGUUGUGGCUGAUGAUGGCAUCACACAGUUUGUCGUCUUGAGUGAUGGAAGCUACUUUGGCGAGAUUAGCAUCCUGGCUAUUAAAGGAAGUAAAGCAGGAAACAGGAGGACGGCUAACAUCAGGAGCAUUGGUUACUCCGACCUCUUCUGUCUCUCCAAAGAUGACCUUAUGGAGGCGCUGAAGGAGUAUCCCGACGCAAAGGCACUGCUUGAGGAGAAGGGAAGGCAGAUCCUGAUGAAGGACGGACUGCUGGACCUGGAGGUAGCAGCGCAGGGCCCCGACCCCAAAGAGAUGGAGGAGAAGGUGGAGAAGAUGACGAGCACGCUGGACGUCCUCCAGACACGUUACGCCAGACUUCUGGCCGAGCACGAAGCCACUCACAGCAAACUCAAACACAGGGUCACGCGGCUGGAGAAGAAGAUAACGCUGCCACCACGAGCAGACCAACCAGGCGAUGCUCCGCCGCCUCCCACACCCGAGCCCCAGGCAGCUGCAAAAGAAGAGAAGAAGUAGGGGGUUAGCCAGAUGGGAGGAGAUAAACAUGGACUAAAGGGAAGGUUUUAGGACCGAAUUCAAUCACUUUAAUGGUAAAGGUGCAGAUGGACUGAUUCUGGACCAGCGAGCUCCAGAGAACACGGGAGAGAUAGAAAUGAUCCCUUUAAUAAUACGCUGUAAAUCAUUGUUACUAUAAUGUAUCAUGUGUUAAAUAUGCAAAUAAGCUUUUCAUAGUUCUUAUUUCACCGCAACCAUGAGUCCGCGAAAACAGCUUUAAUAUGUAGAUCAGCGGCUUAAAACUGUAACUCCAGACCCACGUUGUUAAUUUUCUACAACGACUCAGGCGCAUUAUUGUUGUUGUUUUUAAAGCUGCUGAGCAAGAAAAUAUGAGUCAAAAUAACUUUGCAAAAAUAAAGAGAUUUUA